AUGUCUGCCCUUCGAGCAUUCACCUCUCUCACAAAGGCCGCUACCCGUCAAACAGCAUUCCGUUUUGCACCUGCCACUGCCAUUGGUGCCGCCCGUUGUUAUUCUUCAAAGACAAAGACUUUGAAAGAACGUCUCGCCGAACUUAUUCCUGAAAAGCAAGCUGAAGUCAAGGCUUUCAAGAAAGAUUAUGGCUCAAAGGUCGUUGGUGAAGUCACUGUCGAUCAGAUGUACGGUGGUAUGCGUGGAAUCAAGGGUCUUGUUUGGGAAGGCUCUGUUCUCGAUGCUGAAGAAGGUAUCCGUUUCAGAGGUUUAAGCAUCCCUGAAUGUCAAAAGGCUCUUCCCGGUGCUGCCGAAGGUGGUGAGCCUCUUCCUGAAAGUCUUUUCUGGUUGCUCGUUACUGGUGAAGUUCCUACCAAGGAACAAGUUGACCAACUUUCUGCUGAAUGGGCAGCCCGUUCCUCUAUCCCCGAGUUCGUCGAAGAAAUUAUUGAUCGUUGUCCCAAAACUCUUCAUCCUAUGUCACAAUUCUCUAUUGCUGUCAACGCUCUUCAACAUGAUUCACAAUUUGCCAAAGCUUACUCUAAUGGUCUGCACAAAUCUCAAUAUUGGGACCCUACUUUCGAAGAUACCAUGGACUUGAUCGCCAAACUUCCCACUGUUGCCGCUCGCAUCUAUCGUAACGUCUACAAGGAUGGUAAACUUCCCUCUAUUGAAGCUGAUAAGGAUUAUUCUUACAAUUUCUCCAAGCUUUUGGGUUUCGAAGAGAAUAAGGACUUUGUUGAAUUGAUGCGUUUAUAUCUUACCAUUCACUCUGACCACGAAGGUGGUAACGUCUCUGCACACACUACUCACUUGGUCGGUUCCGCACUCUCCGAUCCUUAUCUUUCAUUCGCUGCUGGUUUAAAUGGUUUAGCUGGUCCUCUUCACGGCUUAGCGAACCAAGAAGUCCUUCGUUGGACCUUGAAGUUGAAGGACACAAUUGGUGUAGAUGCCUCUGAAGAACAAAUCAAGAAAUAUCUUUGGGAUACCCUCAAUAACGGCCAAGUUGUUCCUGGCUAUGGUCAUGCUGUUUUACGUAAGACUGAUCCUCGUUACACCGCUCAACGUGAGUUUGCUUUGAAACACUUGCCCGAUGAUCCUCUCUUUGGUUUAGUAUCCAAACUUUAUCAUAUCAUUCCUGGAGUUCUUACUGAACACGGUAAGACCAAGAAUCCUUGGCCCAAUGUAGAUGCACACUCUGGUGUUCUCUUACAAUAUUACGGUCUCAAAGAACAAGAAUAUUACACAGUACUCUUUGGUGUUUCAAGAGCCUUAGGUGUUACUGCCCAAUUGAUUUGGGACAGAGCCUUAGGACAACCAUUAGAACGUCCUAAAUCUUUCUCCACACAAGCCCUCAAGAAGUUGGUUGGUGCCAACUAA